GGGGCCCUCGGGCGCCAGGCGGGGCAUGGACCAGCGGCCGCCCCCAUGAGGGUCCCGGGAGGGGGGCGCGCGCAGCAGCGGCGGGGCCAUGGGGUCGCAGGUGUUGCAGAUCCUGCGCCAAGGGGUGUGGGCCUCGCUCACUGGCGGUUGGUUCUUCGACCCGCACCAGAGCACCUUCUCCAACUGCUUCCACCUUUACGUCUGGAUCUUCCUGCUCACCUUUCCUUUUUUGCUGUACAUGGUCCUGCCCCCCAGCGUGAUGGUGGCCGGUGUGUACUGCUUCGUGGUGGCUGUCAUCUUCACUACCAUCAAGACCGUGAACUAUCGGCUACAUGCUAUGUUCGAUCAGGGCGAGAUUGUGGAGAAGCGCAACUCGACCAUGGGGGAGCCAGAGGAGGAGCCUGCGCAGGGGGACAGCAGUCUGCCCAGGGACCCUGGUGUGGAGAUGACAGUGUUUCGGAAAGUGAGUUCCACACCUCCGGUACGCUGUAGCUCCCAGCAUUCUGUGUUUGGCUUCAACCAGGUCUCGGAGCUGCUGCCCCGGAUGGAGGACUCUGGGCCCCUCAGAGACAUCAAGGAACUGGUGCGUGAGCAGGGCAGCAACAAUGUGAUCGUGACCUCAGCGGAUCGAGAGAUGCUGAAGCUAAGCUCACAGGAGAAACUGAUUGGAGACCUUCCCCAGACACCCCCGGGGGCUGCCCCAGACCCCUCUCUCCCCAGCACAGACUCUUCAGAACGUUCUCCCUUGGCUGGGGAUGGAGCCCCCUGGAGUGGGAGCAGUGUGGCCGACACUCCCAUGAGCCCCCUUCUGAAGGGGAGCCUCAGCCAGGAGCUGAGCAAGAGCUUCCUGACCCUGACCCGGCCUGAGCGGGCCCUUGUGAGGACCAGCAGUCGACGGGAACAACGCCGGGGAGCAGGCGGCUACCAGCCCCUGGACCGGCGGGGCUCCGGUGAGCCCACGCCCCAGAAAGCGGGCUCCUCGGAUUCCUGCUUCAGUGGCACUGACAGGGAGACGUUGAGCAGCUUCAAGAGCGAGAAGACCAACUCAACCCAUCUGGACAGCCCCCCCGGUGGGCAAGCCCCCGAGGGCAGCGACACAGACCCCCCGUCUGAGGCUGAGCUGCCCGCAUCACCAGAUGCCGGAGUCCCGUCUGAUGACACGCUGCGUUCCUUUGACACAGUCAUAGGAGCAGGGACGCCACCGGGCCCAGCUGAGCCACUCCUGGUUGUGCGGCCCAAGGACUUGGCCUUGCUACGGCCCACCAAGCGGCGGCCCCCCAUGCGAAGACACUCCCCGCCUGGCCGUGCCCCUCGGCGGCCCCUGCUUGAAGGUGGGGGCUUCUUUGAGGACGAAGACACCAGCGAGGGCAGCGAGCUGAGCCCAGCCUCCAGCCUCCGCUCUCAGCGCCGCUACAGUACUGACAGCUCUUCUUCCACUUCCUGCUAUUCCCCCGAGAGCCCCCGUGGUGCAGCAGGGGGACCCCGGAAGCGACGGGCCCCCCAUGGGGCUGAGGAGGGGGCUGCUGUGCCCCCCAAGCGGCCCUACGGGACCCAGCGGACGCCUAGUACCGCCAGCGCCAAAACGCAUGCCCGCGUGCUGAGCAUGGAUGGGGCCGGGGGUGAUGUCCUAAGGGCCCCCCUGGCUGGCUCCAAGGCUGAGCUGGAGGCCCAGGCGGGGGUGGAGCUGGCUUCUGGUGAGCCUGCUCUGCUGCCCGCUGAGGCCCACAGGGGACCUGCUGCCAACCAGCCCGGCUGGCGGGGGGAGCUGCAAGAGGAAGGUGCUGUGGGGGGAGCAGCUGACGAGACUGGCAAGCGGGACCGCACGAGCAGUGUGCGGCGGACUCAGGCCAUCCGCAGGCGCCACAAUGCGGGCAGCAACCCCACCCCUCCAGCCUCUGUCAUGGGCUCGCCGCCCAGCAGCCUGCAGGAGGCUCAGCGCAGCCGGGCGGCCUCUCACUCCCGGGCGCUGACGCUGCCCUCCGCCCUGCACUUCGCUUCCUCCCUGCUGCUCACGCGGGCCGGCGCCACCGUGCACGAGGCCUGCACCUUUGAUGACACGUCCGAGGGUGCCGUGCACUACUUCUACGACGAGAGCGGUGUGCGGCGUUCCUACACCUUCGGCCUAGCUGGAGGCGGCUACGAGAACCCUGUGGGGCAGCAGGGGGAGCAGGCAGCCAAUGGAGCUUGGGACCGCCACUCGCAUUCCUCCAGCUUCCACUCGGCCGAUGUCCCUGAGGCAGCGGGUGGCCUGAACCUGCUGCAGCCGAGGCCCGUGGUUCUGCAGGGCAUGCAGGUGCGCCGUGUGCCCCUGGAGAUCCCGGAGUUUGACCUGCUGGACCAGGACUCCCUGCACGAAUCCCAGGAGCAGACGCUGAUGGAGGAGGCGCCGCCGCGGGCCCAGCACAGCUACAAGUACUGGCUGCUUCCUGGCCGCUGGACGUCCGUGCGCUACGAGCGGCUGGCCCUCCUGGCCCUGCUGGACCGGACUCGGGGGCUGGUGGAGAACAUACUCGGCAUCGGCCUGAGCAGCCUCGUCGCCUUCCUGGGCUACCUGUUGCUGCUCAAGGGCUUCUUCACGGAUAUUUGGGUGUUCCAGUUCUGCUUGGUCAUCGCCUCCUGCCAGUAUUCCCUGCUGAAGAGCGUCCAGCCUGAUGCGGCAUCUCCCAUGCAUGGCCACAACUGGGUGAUCGCAUAUAGCCGGCCUGUCUACUUCUGUAUCUGCUGUCUGCUCAUCUGGCUGCUGGACGCCCUGGGCUCAGCUCAGCCCUUCCCCCCCGUCUCCCUGUACGGCCUCACCCUCUUCUCCGCCUCCUUCUUCUUCUGUGCCCGUGACGUGGCCACCGUGUUUACCUUGUGCUUCCCGUUCGUCUUCCUCCUGGGCCUCCUGCCCCAGGUCAACACUUGCCUCAUGUACCUGCUGGAGCAGAUAGAUAUGCAUGGCUUCGGGGGCACAGCUGCCACCAGCCCGCUCACGGCAGUCUUCAGCCUGUCCCGCAGCCUGCUCGCUGCUGCCCUGCUCUAUGGUUUCUGCCUUGGGGCCAUCAAGACUCCUUGGCCGGAGCAGCACGUCCCUGUCCUCUUCUCGGUCUUCUGUGGCCUCCUGGUGGCACUGUCCUACCACCUGAGCCGUCAGAGCAGUGACCCCACUGUGCUCUGGUCCCUGAUCAGGAGCAAGCUCUUCCCCGAGCUGGAGGAGCGGAGCUUGGAGACAGCUCGGGCUGAGCCCCCAGACCCACUGCCAGACAAGAUGCGCCAGUCGGUGCGUGAGGUCCUGCACUCUGACCUGGUGAUGUGUGUGGUGAUUGCCGUGCUCACCUUCGCCGUCAGCGCCAGCACCGUCUUCAUCGCCCUGAAGUCGGUGCUGGGCUUCGUGCUGUAUGCCCUGGCCGGGGCCGUGGGCUUCUUCACGCACUACCUGCUGCCACAGCUCCGCAAACAGCUGCCCUGGUUCUGCCUGUCGCAGCCUGUGCUGAAGCCGUCUGAGUACAGCCAGUAUGAAGUGCGAGGCGCUGCGCAGGUGAUGUGGUUUGAGAAGCUGUAUGCCAGCCUUCAGUGCAUCGAGAAGUACCUCAUCUACCCUGCCGUGGUGCUCAAUGCCCUCACGGUGGACGCCCAUGCCGUCGUCAGCCACCCGGACAAGUUCUGCCUCUACUGCCGGGCGCUGCUGAUGACGGUGGCUGGGCUGAAGCUGUUGCGCUCAGCCUUCUGCUGCCCACCCCAGCAGUACCUGACCUUGGCCUUCACUGUCCUGCUCUUCCACUUCGACUACCCACGCCUCUCCCAGGGCUUUUUGCUCGACUACUUCCUCAUGUCCCUGUUCUGCAGCAAGCUGUGGGACCUGCUGUACAAGCUGCGUUUUGUGCUGACCUACAUCGCGCCCUGGCAGAUCACCUGGGGCUCUGCUUUCCACGCUUUCGCCCAGCCCUUUGCCGUGCCUCACUCGGCCAUGCUGUUCGUUCAAGCUCUGCUCUCGGCACUUUUCUCCACGCCACUCAACCCCCUGCUGGGCAGCGCCGUCUUCAUCAUGUCCUACGCGCGGCCCCUCAAGUUCUGGGAGCGCGACUACAACACUAAACGUGUGGAUCAUUCCAACACCCGCCUGGUCACACAGCUGGAUCGGAACCCCGGCGCUGACGACAACAACCUCAACUCCAUCUUCUACGAGCACUUGACACGCUCGCUGCAGCACACGCUGUGUGGGGACCUGGUGCUGGGCCGCUGGGGCAACUAUGGCCCCGGCGACUGCUUUGUCCUGGCCUCCGACUACCUCAACGCCCUGGUGCACCUCAUCGAAGUCGGCAAUGGCCUCGUCACCUUCCAGCUGCGUGGCCUUGAGUUCCGGGGUACAUACUGCCAGCAGCGCGAGGUCGAGGCCAUCACGGAGGGCGUGGAGGAGGAUGAGGGCUGCUGCUGCUGUGAGCCCGGCCACCUGCCGCGGGUCCUGUCCUUCAAUGCCGCCUUCGGGCAGCGCUGGCUGGCCUGGGAGGUGACGGCCAGCAAGUAUGUGCUGGAGGGCUACAGCAUCAGCGACAAUAACGCGGCCUCCAUGCUGCAGGUCUUUGAUCUCCGCAAGAUCCUCAUCACUUACUACGUCAAGAGCAUCAUCUACUACGUGAGCCGCUCACCGAAGCUGGAGGCGUGGCUCAAUCACGAGGGCAUCGCAGCAGCCCUGCGGCCCGUGAGGGCGCCGGGCUACGCUGACUCGGACCCCACCUUCUCACUGAGUGUGGAUGAGGACUAUGACCUUCGCCUCUCCGGCCUCUCACUGCCUUCCUUCUGUGCGGUGCACCUUGAGUGGAUCCAGUACUGUGCCUCCCGGCGCAGCCAGCCUGUGGACCAAGAUUGGAACUCGCCGCUGGUCACGCUGUGUUUUGGCCUGUGUGUGCUGGGCCGACGGGCCCUGGGGACAGCCUCGCAUAGCAUGUCUGCCAGCCUGGAACCCUUCCUCUACGGCCUGCACGCCCUGUUCAAGGGGGACUUCCGCAUCACCUCCCCGCGUGAUGAGUGGGUCUUUGCUGACAUGGACCUGCUUCAUCGUGUGGUGGCACCCGGGGUUCGCAUGGCCCUCAAGCUUCACCAGGACCACUUCACAUCACCAGAUGAGUACGAGGAGCCGGCCGCUCUGUAUGAUGCCAUCGCCGCCAACGAGGAGCGCCUGGUCAUCUCACAUGAGGGUGACCCGGCCUGGCGCAGCGCCAUCCUCAGCAACACACCCUCACUGCUGGCUCUGCGCCACGUCCUGGAUGACGCCUCCGACGAGUACAAGAUCAUCAUGCUCAACCGGCGCCACCUCAGCUUCCGAGUCAUCAAGGUGCGGAGGGAGGUUUCUCACCUCUAUAUUUUCAAAGACUUCCAGCUCAUGAGGCUAGUGCCUAAAAUUAUCAGCCUUGACCUUGGCGAAAGCCUUUCUCUGAGCCUCAAGUUCUCCAGCUUAUAA